AUGACAAGUGCAACGCCGGGUCCAAUCCCUAUUAUUAGGGCUGGUGACAAUUCGAGCAAUGCGAUGAGUGACGGUACGCCAAUCGCUCGUCCCAGUAGCUCAAGCAGUUAUUUGGGAUUGAGUGCCGGCCUUAGUGGUAGUAGCAGUUUUAAAGAGGCCAUGGCUGUAUCGUUCGGCAAGGAUGUGGCGGAAAUGCUCGAGUAUUCGAUAGGGCGCUUUUCUUCGUCAACGGAUUCAGAGGCCACAGUCGCCGCGCCGUCGUCCGUCCGGUUGGAGUCCACGUUUUGUCGCAAUUUCACCUGCUGUGGGAAGGAGCUUGACGACCUUCAUGAUUUAUUACAGCACUAUGAAGAGUGCCACGUACGCUUUGAAGACGAUGAUGUGGAAAGCAUGAUGACAGACGAGGAUAUGGAGACAACUAGUAUGACUUCAGACACAGCUCCAUCAGAGAGUUCCACAUCCUCUUUAACUGGAAUGAAACCAGCCAAUGGCACCCAUGAUCAUUCUAUCCGGGCUGGCCAUCCCCGGCCUCUGCUUUCAACGCCUGCUACCGGUACUCCCAUGGUCUCAACUACGAACGAGAACUUGGAAUACCCUAGCGCGUUCGACACAGCAGUCAUGUGCUCGCCAAACCGUGGAAAAAAGCGCUCACACGGACAGCAAGUGAGUGGGUCCACUUCUAAUCCAUUGUUCCGAACCAUUUUAGAGACAGGUGGUCGCCAUCCUCUUGGCAUGUCUAGUGCUUAUUCUUCACCAUUCUCAAGUCCGGGUAAUUCACGUGCUGCCACCCCAACCAUGGAUUCAGAGAAUGAAGUCUUCUUUGGCUCAUCCACUCAACCUAACAUGUUUGCAAGCCUGUCGAUUCGAGGCGGCUCUACGGACGAUCAAUUACCUUCUUGUGCACCUCCUAAUUUGUUCUUCCCAUCCGCCAAUGCCUCGUCGUUGCAACGGCCGAUGAAGCGUGAGCGUUUCAGCACAAGCUCAGCGACAAAUACUUCUACAAAUGCAGGCUCAUCGACGCCUGUCGGAGUACCACCACUUUCGUCCGUGGAAAAUGGUGCUGCAACAGAGCACAGGCCGUACAAGUGCCCAGCUCCAGGUUGUGAUAAGGCGUAUAAACAGAUGAAUGGGCUCAAGUAUCACCGCUUGCAUGGUCAUUGUAACCAAAACCUACGCAACGUAAAUCAAAGUGUCACUGGCUCAAACGUCCCGUCAUCCUCUUCAACUUCAACGCCGGGAACCGCUACGUCUUCGCCUUCGUCAAAUGCUACGGCAAAUCCAUUCAGUUCAGGGGGUUCACCCCAGACACCCUCAUGCCCGGAUGCGGCAAUCAGCUCUGUAUCGACAUCGAUCUCCUCUUCAUCGACACCGGCGACUGUCUCCUCUACGCCAGGCUUGAGCACGGAGCCGACGAGAGAUGCCAAUAUGGUAUCAGGCAUCUCAACACCAUCUCAGGGCAUGUUUUCUCCCACACUCGAUCUUGCUUCGACGGAGUCAUCUUCCACAAGUAAGCCAGAUUCAGUGCCGGCCUCUGCGAAAAAUGGUGGCAUUAGCUCAGUUCAGCCGGAAAAGGCGUAUGUAUGUCAAGUUGGCAACUGUGAUAAACGCUAUAAGAAUUUAAAUGGCCUCCGGUACCACUAUUUGCAUUCUGGCUCCCACGGACUACUAGGACUACAGCUUCUUCAUGCCAAUGGAGGUGGUGCAAGUGCCAAGGCUGAUAGCGUAAGUGGCCGGCCACCUGUAUCAACAGACACAUUGUCUCGAGAGCAGAUUGUGCAAGCUGCUGCUGCUGCACAAGCUUUAUUAAAUCAGCAAGGGGCUAAUUGUAGCCGAGGGCCGAACGGUAACCCAAAUCCCAAUCUCACGGCAUCUGCUUUCCUGUCCUCAACAACCAACAAUACAAUCACAAUGUCUAAUGCUCCUGAACCUUUUUAA